CCAGCCCUGCCAGGGACAGAAAGUUUUUUAAGUGACUGAACACCGACCGGUGAACAACUCCGGCCUUAACUUAAUAUAGUGAAAGAAACUCGAGAGGGGUAGCCCACUUGUAAUCAAGAGGACAAAUACCUCGAAGGCCGGUGCGUUUUGAUUUCGCGUGUGCUAUAGACACCAAUUGUUAAAGGAACAAUGAAUAUCUGCGAAGACGCCAAAAGGAUUAUGGCUAUGUCCAUUAGCAAACUCUAUUCCUCGCGCACCCAGCGCGGGGGAUUGAGACUCCACCGAAGUCUUUUGCUGUCGCUGGUCAUGAGAUCGGCACGGGACAUUUACCACUCUGUCCAGCUCCUGAGCGAGGAACAGCAACACACUGUCCCCUGUGAACCGGAGCCGCCGGCGACGCCGGUCGUAGAGGAGCCCAUGGAAAUAUCCACGGACCAAACGGUUCCUGAAAUGGACAUCCCCGAGGAUACCGACACAUUGUCGGACGAGGAGGGUGAUUACCCCUCUCUACACGCAGAGGACGGCGAGUGUGACAAAGAAAAUACGGACUCGAGUCAGUGCGAGCGACAUUCCAGGAAACGGCGAGGAAAGGCAGCUGGAGAGCCUGAAUUCCUGCCGAGCAAGAAAGCCAGAAUGGACAAUGAGGACGACAGACGCGUGGGAGUUUUGAGGAGUAGUAACGGGAACUGCUGUCGUACGGUUGAAAUUGUGACUCAACUUUCUGUUCCAAACACUAUCGAGGCGUUCUGAGCGCCCUGGCUGCUGCUAACCGGGAAUUUGAAGUGCUUUUUACAGAGCCGAAACAAGCCAAGGCAUUGACCUAGUUUAUGAACUCGGGACAAUGGGGUCGGGCGCGACGAGAGAGCCCACCUACUCUCCCUCCAGGAUGACUGGGGCAUGUGAACCUCGUCGCUUCGGGGGAAAAAAUCUCCGGAAAAAGUAGUGGCACGAAUAGAAGCCUUUUUGUGGACUCGAGAGCAAUGACUGGUCACUGAGUCAGCGCCUGAAAUGCUCUUUGGAGCUGUGAGUCAGGCCGUACACACAGACGGCAGCUGUUCAACCCCCCUCAUGUCUGUCCGGGCUAAGAGCGGCAAACAAAGCUUUGGGGUGGGGGAUGGUGCGCCUGUGUCGGGAUUUAUCACCACUACAAGAAGUCACGCUGGUGCUUUGAUCACUUGAUGGGACCAGACCACUACCCCAUAGCUCAGGGGGCGCUGUGUUUGUGAACCAACCCAUAUGGCGUCGAUGGCCCGUAUCGACUGGUCAGGGUAAACAUGCGCGCGCGAGGAAAAACAACAGCAGCGGUGGCGUAGCGCGGCGCGCGGGGGUGACCUCCUGACCAACAAGGACUGUUGUGUCCUCAUAACUGCACUGAGAAUGCCAACAUUCUGUUUGACAUUUUCUUGACAUGGAAUGUCAGAAAAAAGACUUUCUCUCAAGUUGUCUAUGUUUGUUUGUCAAAUCAAACUUUUAUACAGUGAUUUUUAUAUUUAUAUGGCAAUAAAACAAAAAAUGUUUUCAGAAAUUCAA